CUAUCCUGUACAAGCUGCAUCGUGAACCAGCCAUCAUGGAAGGUCUAUUCUACAACGUCAAGUACGGGUACAUCGAGGGCAUCGUUCGCGGGUAUCGCAAUGCCCUCCUCACCAGCCAGAACUACAGCAAUCUCACCCAGUGCGAGACCAUCGAUGAUGUGAAGCUGCAGCUCUCUCCCGCCUAUGGCGACUUUCUCUCGUCGCUCCCUCCAAACCCUUCCACUUCCGCACUCGCCAACAAGACGACCGAAAAGCUCGUAGCUGAGUUCCGUUACCUACAAGCGAACGCCACCGGCUCCCUCUCCAAGUUCAUGGAAUAUCUGACGUACGGAUACAUGAUCGACAAUGUUGCCCUGCUUAUUACGGGUACCCUACACGAGCGAGACACCCGCGAAUUGUUGGAGAGAUGCCAUCCGCUCGGUUGGUUUGAGACUAUGCCGGUGCUCUGUGUAGCAACGAAUAUCGAGGAGCUGUAUAACUCUGUGUUGAUUGAGACGCCGCUUGCCCCCUACUUCAAGGGCUCCCUGAGCCACCAGGACCUCGAUGAACUCAACAUCGAGAUCAUUCGCAACACGCUAUACAAAAACUACCUUGAGGACUUCCACAACUGGGUCAACACACAGCCCGAUAUUGCUGGAACACCUACUGCGGACGUUAUGACUGAGGUCCUCGAAUUCGAGGCAGACAGGAGAAGCAUUAACAUCACGCUUAAUUCCUUCGGCACCGAACUCUCCAAAGCAGAUCGGAAGAAGCUCUACCCCAAUUUCGGUAGCUUGUACCCAGAAGGAACCACAAUGCUUUCAAGAGCCGACGACGUCGAGGGCGUGCGCAUCGCCGUGGAGAGCGUAGCAGAUUACAAAACCUUCUUUGAUCAGACCGGGCUCAGCGGCGGCGGCAGUGGCGGCGUUGGCAACAUGUCAGGUGGUGCAGGAGGAGAGUCGCGAAGCUUGGAGGAUCUCUUCUAUCAGAAGGAGAUGGAGAUUUCCAAGCUAGCAUUCACAAGGCAAUUCACACACGCUAUUGUAUAUGCAUGGGUUAAGCUCCGAGAACAAGAGAUUCGCAAUAUUACAUGGAUAGCAGAGUGUAUCGCGCAGAACCAAAAGGAACGAAUCGGAAACUUCAUCAGCGUGUUCUAG